AUGGUACCCGCUCUGAAUUAUUCCCGAGGCGUUUGCACGGUGUCGAAAGUCACGUUGCUUGGCGCCCUGACCGCCACAUUCCGUACCCCAGCGGCGCCCACCAACACCUCCACGGAGGUAGCGCGUGGCAAACCUGUCACUGCCGUGCCCCGCUACAUGACCUUUGUGAAGGAGUUCGCUGUCGACGGCCGCAACGACACCAAGUAUCACUCGGACGCGACAGGAGCUUAUAAGACCCCGUGGCUCCUCGUCAACUUGCAGGGAGCCAUGUUGGUGCACAAAGUUCGACUGCUUCCUAAUGUUGGUGUAAUGCCAAAGCGAAUUAACAACUACCAGAUUCUGCUUGGCAACGACGAGCCUCCCACUGCGAUGGACUUCAGCCAGUACGACGUGGUGGGGGCCAUCCCCGGGCCGGUCCCCUUGGGGGAGAAGUGGUACGAGUUCGACGUGUCGCCCCCUCGCUGCAGCCGCUACGUCGCUGUGUACAAAAACGUCGCGACUCCUGACUACAUCAUGGAGAUCUCGGAGAUGGAAGUCUUUGUCUUGAACUAAGACAUUGAAGAGGGAACAGCAUCGUCAUGGAGAUCUCGGAGAUAGAAUAGAAUAGAAGUGUCGGCACUGAA